AUGUCGGAGGAACACGCCUCGCGACCACCUGAGGCCUUCGACAAGCUCGAAAACUUCAACUUCUUGCUGUCUCGCACCGAUCCGGCGGCUGCAGCCAGGAACCGACAGUAUUCCUUCGACGCUGAUACCGGGCUGGUCCCGUUUACCAACGUGAACAUGGAAUACGAUCAAACCGAGGGCAUGGGCGGGCUUUCCGUCAGCUCCUACGACAGUAUAGAUAGUGAUCGUUCUCUCGAUCUCCGGGGAUAUCCCUAUCACGGCCAUCCGGGAGACAAGUCGAUCAACUAUUCGAUUCCCGACCACAUCAUGCCGUAUUCGGCUCAGUCCAUCUACCAGCCUGUGCCAUUUGCGCCCGACGAGCUCGGCCACGCUCCGGGGGCUCUGACUCCCUCUGAUGUCUCGUCAUCCAUCUCUCCACCAAACGGCCAGAUGGGCAACAUCAAGUACUCCACCUCCAUUCCCGGAGACCGCAUUGCCGCGGCCUUGGGUCAGGAGGAGGGUGUGCGAGUUGCUGCCGAAGAGGACCGGCGCCGGCGGAAUACGGCCGCCAGUGCUCGCUUCCGCAUGAAGAAGAAGCAGCGCGAGCAGGUCCUCGAGCGCACCGUUCGUGAGACUACCGAGAAGAACGCUUCUCUCGAAGCUCGCGUUGCCCAGCUCGAGAUGGAGAACCGCUGGUUGAAGAACCUUCUCACUGAAAAGCACGAGGCUACUUCCACCCGUAUGCCUCCGCCUAAAGAUGGGUCGGCUCUCGAAUCAAAGGCUGGCGGUAGUCGCUCAGGCCAACAGCAUAUUCAGCCCAAAAAGAAGGGCGUCGGCACUGAUGAGUAG